CCUGGUGCCUUCUCACCGGUUGGACUGGGGUUUCAUGGAGUUUUACAGCUCUAUAAAACGGUGGCUUGCAGUCUUAUUAUUCCCAUGUAUUAUAAUGCAAUGUAUUAGUAUACCUCUUCGACACAUACGGAGCAUGAAAAUCGAUAUUUAUACUUUCCGAAGACAAAUCUCUUCCGGGCCUCGAAAAUGUUGUAUUCGAAAUACUAAAACGAAAGAAACAACAUCCAUCAUCCCGAGAUGUAUACCGUGUAAUACGACGCGUCUCCCUCGGACUAUGGGUCACGUGAUGUAUCCGGAACAAAUGCCGUGUACAGUACUGUACACAGUAGCUUCAUCAGCUCAACCUCCAGCGACCAACCGUGUUCAUCGACUCCCUCCCUCGCGCGAGUCUCCCUAAAAAAAAGAACAAAAACUACUAACCCCCAACCGCAAUGCCUGCGAAACGCACCACCGCCGCCCCCACGGCUCCUCCCCCAAGCACCAAAUCCCUCUCCUCUGGCCCGAAGACCCUCACAACCAACGCCUCCGUCGUCGACAUCGCCAACCAUGUCUGGCAACAGUACCUGGCGACCACGCCGCAACGAACGCUCCUCCUGGACGCCUUCAUGGCCUUCCUGGUUCUCGUCGGCGGAAUCCAGUUCGUGUACUGUGUCGUUGCGGGGAACUAUCCCUUUAAUGCCUUCUUGAGCGGGUUUUGUGCUGCUGUUGGGCAGUUUGUUCUUACGGCUAGUUUGCGCAUGCAGACGAGUGAUGUGAAGGAGGGGGGUAAGGCGAGCGCGAGUGGGAAGGGGAAGGAUGGGAAGGGGGUUGGUAAGGAAGGGGUUUCGCAUGAGAGGGCGUUUGCGGAUUAUAUCUUCGGGAGCCUGAUUUUGCAUUUCUUCUGUAUUAAUUUUAUUAACUAAGGGGUCUUUCUUGUUCGUUUGGCUCUUGUUGUUGUUGAUGGGUGGGUGACUGGAUGGGGUUCCCUGGUGGAUUCUUGUCUUGUGUUUCUUUUGUAGUU